AUGUCGCCUUCCUUCUCUUCUGGCUCUGUAGGCCCGACCUCGGCAAAACCGACUGUCCAACCUACUCCAACCUCGGCCAAACCACCACCAAUGAUUAGUCAGGAGGUAGACCCGACUAAGAGGCAGUCCCCUCCUUCUCAGCCGAUGAUUGGUCGGAAAGAGGCCCCAACCAAGAGACAAUCCUUGCCAACAUCGCUAAAAGACCCGAAGCCUUCAACAUCUAAACCAGCGGCAGCAAGGGUCUCAUCUGAUAAUGAGGCGACUGCUUCGCAAAUGGGCAGAUUGCCAUAUGUGGCUUCAGACUCGUCUAUCCUUAACGAGGAGCCAAUUGCACCGCCUGCAUCCGCCUCUGCUGCGGUCGCCUCUGUUGCAAUCGCUUCUGCUGCGGCCGCCUCUAUUGCAGCCGCCCCCAACGCGGCCGCUCCAAUUGACAGAGAUGUCUUAGGUGCGGCCGUCCAAGUUGCACCCGAUGUACCAACUGCGGCCGCCCCAGGUGCAGCCGACCCGAGAGCAGCAGACCCUGUUCCAGAAGCGGCCAGACGGGAAGAAGAACCUGCAGCCGCCCAACCAAGAGGUCUCUUGCACGAACUAGAAGAGAUUUCUUCUUCUGAUUCGGAGACCUCUGUCAACCUGGGACCCAGGUCAGCACCGCAGCGACCAUUCGCAGCAGCCGAAGAGUCAGCCGUUGCGGCACCAGCUGCCCGUGUUCCCCGACCAACGACACUCCUUUCACCCUCCGUGACCAUGGUCCACCCGGAAGGACAUCUUGAUCUAGCCCCUCUGUCGGCCAUUCCGAUUUUCCGGCGGACAUUCAGGCCAUAUUCGCUCAGGCUCCGCCCCAUUCUGCAUCGGCUGAUGGAGAGAUUAGCCGAACUCCGAAACGACAUCUUACUCGCCCGACUCCUGUCAGCCGAACCAUCCCAACCCAGUUCGGAUCAAAUAAGUCCGGAGGCUUCCUUGGCUAAAACCAGGGAAUCACUUCAACAAGCUGCUGGAAGGCUGGACGAACUCCUCAGUGCCAGAAGAAAGAGGCAAAAUGGAGGGCGCUUCGUCAAGAACAAUCUGUCCUUGAGGGCCACGUGGCCUACGAACAGCGCCUAA